AUGUCUGUAGAAAGACCACGCGGCUACCGACGUAGUCCAACAGAGCCUUUCUGCAGGACGGCUCACGGUGCUAUAUAUUUCACACCCAGGGAACAGAGCGACCGGCGAUCGAUUGCAGCCGCGCCCGUCACUCUUCCCCCACCUCUGAUUGGGCCCAGGCCCCGACGGCCACAUUCGAUUCAUAUCGUCUCAUAUCCAGCAGGUUUCAUCCCGCGCGAACUGCGACCGAUUUCAGCGGAGGAGUUGGCACGGAGGGAACUUGCAGCUUCAGGCAGGUGGAAAGGCAGGAAGAGAAAGCAAAAGCAAAAAGGGAACGUCGAUAGGAAACGAGUCCAUUUUCAGUUGGAGGACGGUGCAGCAGCCAGACUUUUCCAAAAAGUACUCUCGGUAUUUUCGACACCAAAACCGCCGCCUCGCCCGCCAACACCGCCGAUUCUCCACAGUGAGGUCGUCCAACGCCCAGAAGAGGGCCGGGCGCGUAGACCGGUUGACUGGCUUGCAGACGGUCGACUGGGUCGGCGAUUUUCCAGGAUAGCUGACGGAUUUCAAGGGGACGAAUCUGUUGAUUUUAACAUGGUGGACCAAAUGGUACGGCCGCCGAUGAUGGAUUUGCGCCGCGGCGCGGGGUACGCCAACAACUCCAACAGGCAUAGCAUACUUUCGACGAGGUCCGCCAAGACCAUCAUGAGCUCGGCCGUUACCGAGGUUCCAAAGCCGGUGGCGUCCGCAAGUGGGCUUAGCUGUUCCAUUUUACUCGCCGAGCAGAACGUUUUUCUCUCUGGCUUCGAACACGAGGGCCACAACCGCGAAUCUUCAACGCCCGGUACUGCGCUCCUGCGGGGCAAACUCGUGCUGAACGUGAACAAGAACACAAAACUCAAGUCGAUAACGCUCAAAUUAGUCGGCAAGGCAAGGACUGAGUGGCCCGAAGGCAUUCCCCCGUUGAAAGUGGAUACUUUCGAGGAGCAGUCCCUCCGGACACAGGGGCUCACCUUUUUCCAUGCGAUGCACGACGGGUGGAGCACCGAGUUUGGCAAUCAGUGUGUCUAUACCAUGAGGACACCGACCAGUCAUCAAGGUCAUGGGCAUAUCCUGGAGCGUCUGUCUCCCCACGGGUCAAACACGUCAGUAAACACACUUGCAAGGCAUCGGCAAUCAACUAGUCUCACGCCCAAGGAAUUAAAGAGGUUGUCGCUGCAGUCGGUGCAGUCCAGGAGUUUUGGCAAAGGCGACUCGCCACUUGCCAACCAGACACAAUUGAAGGGCUACAAGGUGUUCACCCCGGGGACUUAUGAAUACUCAUUCGAGCUACCCAUCGACCACCACCAGCUUGAGACCAUCAAGCUUCAGUACGGCUCCGUCAAGUGGAACCUGGAGACUGUCAUCGAGAGAGCCGGCGCCUUCAGGGCGAACCUCAGCGGCUCCAAGGAGGUGAGCAUCGUUAGGGUUCCUGACCAACUGUCGCUUGAAAUGAGCGAGCCAAUCUCUAUAUCACGACAGUGGGAAGACCAGCUCCACUACGACAUCAUGAUUUCCGGCAAAUCGUUUCCCAUUGGCGGCAAAAUACCCAUCGCCUUCAAACUCACCCCUCUCGCAAAGGUGCAAGUUCACAAGAUUAAAGUGUUUGUAACCGAAUCGAUCGAGUACUGGACAAACGACAAACGUGUCACCAGGAAGGACCAGGGCAGGAAGAUCCUGCUGCUGGAGAAGACGGCGGGGAGGGCAAUUGACCCCCAAUACGCAAGCAGCGAUAUCAACGUUGUGCGUGGUGGCGAGUUGACGGACGAGGAACGCAUCUACGCAAGAGCGGCUGCUGAGCGGAGGAGAGCGAUGGACGCCGCUAGGGCUCACACGAUGCCUGAACCGCUGCCGGAAUCAACAGAGAACCUACUGGGCGAUCUCGACCUGGGCUUGGAGUCUUACUGGGCAGCGACGGAAAUGGAGAUGAACGUCCAGAUUCCGACUUGCGAGAUGAUGGCGAGAGAUCGAAGCAGGAGGUUGCAUCCCGACUGCAGCUGGAAGAAUGUUAAUGUCUUCCACUGGAUCAAGAUCGUCAUGCGCAUCUCUCGCGUCGACCCCGAAGAUCCGACAGGCAAACGCCGCCGUCACUUCGAGAUCAGCAUCGACUCACCCUUCACUGUGCUUAACUGCCGCGCCACCCAGGCCAACACGUCACUCCCGCAGUACUCGGGCUCGCAGCUAUCACAAUACUGCCAAGCCACAACCUGCGGCUGUCCAGACGCCGCUGUCAUAGCGACCGAGCCCAGCCCCGCCAGCUCAACGGGCACUUUACCUGUCGUCGAAGUCAACCCGGACUCGCCGACCGCGACGUCUUUGCCCGCCACUCCACCAGCCGCACACCUCGCAGCCGCAAGCCCAGGAAUCGGCCGCUCCGACAGCAGCGGCAGCGGCACCAGCAGCUUCCGGCCCGCCAGCUCCACGAUCGCCAACCCGCUCCAGCGCGUGCGCAACAACGAGCUCCCUACCGCACGGCCCAUGCACCUGAUGCGCGUGCCGUCCUUCAACCCACCUCCGUUCGACGCGGACCAGCCGCCACCCGCGCUCGAUGGUCUCAGCACGCCGCCGCCAAACUACGAUCUCAUCAUCGGCACGCCCAGCGUCGACGGCCUGGCCGACUAUUUUGCCCGCCUCGCCAACUACGAAGAUAGGGAGGCAGGACGGUCCGACAGCGAGGACGACGAGGACGAGGAGGAGGCGCACACGCCAGCGCGCUUGACAGAGCGCGGCGGCCGCGUCAACGUCGCCAACCCUCGCACCCCGGGUGGGAGAAACGUCCCCAGCAGGAGCUUCGAUAUCCAGCGUCCGGUCAUGAACCUCAGUAUGGACGGGGUUGUGGCCAGGGGGCAGCAGAGGGUUUAA